CAAACACUUGCAAACUUUUUUUGCUACCGGCUUGAAAAAUGUCUUCGCCUGCACCUCCAAAGUCACCUGAAUUGUCAGAUAAAAGCAAAAAAUAUGAUAGACAAAUCAGGCUGUGGGGCGAUCACGGGCAGGCAUUACUAGAGGCAGCCACAAUUUGCGUGGUAAACGUGACGGCUGUCGGCUGUGAGACAGCAAAGGGACUCGUCUUGCCGGGCAUUGGAGGCUUCACUGUGGCUGAUGGCAGCACUGUCAAGGAAGAGGACUUGGGCAAUAACUUUUUUCUAGAUAAUAGCUUCCUCGGUAAAUCGAAAGCAUUUGCUUGCAAACAGCUGCUACAGGAGCUCAACCCAGAUGUCAUUGGAGAUUAUGUAGAUGAAAGCGUUGACUAUAUCUUGGCAAACCGUCCAAAUUUCUUUGAUAGCUUUGAUCUGGUGAUUGCCUCGAAUCUCAACGAACAGUCACUUUUACAGCUUGCGAACCGACUGUGGGAGUCCAAUGUACCGCUCGUCUAUUGCCGCUCACUUGGCAUGCUGGGCUCUAUACGUCUGCAAAUCAAGGAACAUUGCAUUGUAGAAACUCAUCCCGAUAAUCGUCAGUUUGAUUUGCGCCUAGAGCAGCCAUUUCAAGCAUUGCGUGAUCAUUUGGAAUCAACAGAAGUUACGAGUAAGGUGCCCUGGCUUCUUGUGCUGUACAAAUAUCUAAAAGCUUGGCAGAAAGAGCAUGGAGCCGGGCGACUUGCGCCUGGCAGUUACAAGGAGAAGACUCAACUGCGCGAUGCAAUCAAAGCCGACAUGCAGAAGGAUGAGGAGAACUACGAAGAGGCUAUAAAGGCAGUUAAUACUGCAUUUGGGGCUGGAAUGGUGCCAAGCAACCUCAAGGCCAUAUUCGACGACGAUGCCUGUGAGCAGUUACACAAAAAGAACGAUGUCUUUUGGAUAAUGGCCAAGGCACUAAAGCAUUUUGUAGUGGAGGAAAAUAAGGGCUAUUUACCCCUGCCAGGCGUCUUGCCCGAUAUGACGGCCAACACAGACUCAUAUAUAGCAUUGCAGCAAAUCUAUCACCAACAGGCGCUGCAUGAUGCCGAUCAAGUGUACCACAAAUGCCAGGAAUAUCUGAAGCAGCUGUCACUGCCAGCGGACAGCAUAGACGAUCGCACUGUGCGUUUGCUAUGUCGUGAGGCUGCAGGACUGUCUGUGAUUCGUGGCACCCGCAUUGCCGAUGAAUAUGAGAAGAACUGUCGCCUGCUACCACUGGUGGAGGACAAUGAACUGCAGGGCACUUUGACCGCCUACAAUUUCGCUCUGCGGGCAUAUGAGCGUUUCCUAAGCGAGUGCGGAAGCAUACCCGGUGAGUGCUCCGUGGAACAGGAUAUUGUGCGACUAAAGAGCAUCACCAGCAAAAUGCUCAAUGACUUGGGCUUGCAUGUGACCAUCAGCGAUGAUGUGUUGCACGAAAUAUGCCGCUACGGCGGCGCCGAGCUGCAUGCUGUGUCCGCUUUUAUUGGAGGUUGUGCUGCACAGGAGGUGAUCAAGAUAAUUACGAAACAAUACAAGCCAAUCGAUAAUACAUUUAUCUAUAAUGCUAUUAGCACUGAAAGUGUUACGUUACAGUUGUAAAGAAAUUCCUUAAAAAUGGUUGAGAUUUUUAAAUUAAAUU